AGUGGAAGCUUCAUACUAUAAAUUCGUUCUCUUCAUUCACUUUCAGAACCUUGAUCACCGAUUUUGCUACACUCACUCUCUCACUGAGCGGUCGAAUCUAACGGCUGAAAUUCACUUCAACCGCUCCUCUCCUUUUCAGUCUUCCUCUAAUCACCGUUCCCGGCGGCGAGGUCGCUGGUCGCCGAGAUUAAGUUGGUGUUCGAUUCGUUCCUGCUCUUCCCUUGAGGCCUGAAUCUCUUGAAUAUAGGGAGCUAGACAGUCAGUAAUUCCUCGUUUUUGCUUGGAGUUUGGGAGUCUUUCACAAUGGCUUCUACGGAGAAUCCUGUAAAGGACAAAGCUGAUCAUCCUGUAGAAGACAAAGCAGAUCAUCCCCUGGAGGACAAAGCAGAUCAUAAUGUGAUAGGCAAAGAGGAUCAUCCCCUGGGGGGCAAAGCAGAUCCUCCUGUAGCGGACAAAGCAGAUCAUCCUGUAGUAGACAAAGCAGAUCAUCCUGCAGUGGACAAAGCAGAUCAUCCUGUAGUGGACAAAGCAGAUCAUCCUGCAGUGGACAAAGCAGAUCAUCCUGCAGUGGACAAAGCAGAUCAUUCCGUGGAGGAUAAAGCAGAUCAUCUUGUAAAGGAUAAAAAAGAUGAUUCUGUUGUGGAAAAAACAGUUCAUCCUGCAAACAACAAAUCAGUUGAUCUCCCUGAAGAAGCAAAGGCUCUUCUAAAAUCAUUAGCUAGUGAAUGGAACGAUGUACAAGAUGCAGAUGCAUUGCAGGUGAUCCCUCUUAAGGGGGCAAUGACAAAUAAGGUAUUCCAAAUAAAAUGGCCAACGAAGACUGAGGAACCCUCACGAAAAGUUAUUGUUAGAAUUUAUGGUGAGGGUGUGGAAAAUUUCUUUGAUAGGGAUGAUGAGAUACGGGCAUUUGAAUUCCUGUCUAAGAAUGAGCAGGGUCCCCAACUUCUGGGCCGGUUUUCUAAUGGCCGCAUUGAAGAGUUCAUCAAAGCACGGACUUUAUCAGCAUCUGACCUGCGUGAUCCAUCUAUCUCUGCUCUUAUAGCAGCCAAAAUGAAGGAGUUCCAUAAUCUUGAGAUGCCUGGUCCAAAGAAAAUCAUCGUAUGGGAUAAAAUACGAAAAUGGAUUAGCAUAGCCAAGGGUUUAUCUUCCCCUGAAGAAGUUGAAGCCUUUUACCUGGACACAAUUGACAAGGAAGUUGAUAUUUUGGAAAAGGAACUCUCAAGCGAUCAGCAACUGAUAGGGUUUUGCCACAAUGAUUUGCAAUAUGGUAACAUAAUGCUUAAAGAAGAGACCAAUUCUGUGACCCUAAUCGAUUACGAAUAUUCAGGUUAUAAUCCUGUGGCAUACGACAUUGCAAACCACUUCUGCGAGAUGGCAGCUGAUUAUCAUACAGAUGCACCUCAUGUUCUUGACUUCAGUAAAUGUCCUGAUUUGGAGGAGCGUAAAAGAUUUGUGCAGGCAUAUUUGAGUACUUCAGGCCAGGAACCUAGUGACAGUGAAGUAGAGCAGUUACUUCAGGAAGCUGAGAAGUAUACACUUGCAAAUCAUCUAUUCUGGGGCUUGUGGGGAGUAAUUUCGGCACAUGUAAACAAGAUCGAUUUCAACUACAUGGAGUACGCAAAACAGAGAAUUAAAGAGUAUUGGGCAAGGAAACCGUAUCUUUUGUGCUCUGCUGGACCUUCCCUUGAAACUAUUACGACUGAAGGUGUUGCUGCUGCUGAAACCUCAAGCGAAAAUCGAACUCAAGAUCAGUCUUCAUCAAACAGAGGAAACUCGGUCAAGACCCCUUUCUUCAAGAAGUUGAAGAAAGUAUUUGGAAUGAGCGUUUUCAGGUCAAGAAGUUGAACAACAUUUGUGCAGCCCAUUGAUUAUUCAUUUGUUUUCUCUCUCUCUCUUUUUUUUUUUUUUGCGUGAGAAGAAAAAAUGCACUGCA